AUGUUUCUCAUGAUCGAGUUUGAUGUGAUUUUGGGUAUGGAUUGGCUGGCUUCCUAUCACGCUAGUAUUGAUAGUCACUCACGCCAAUUUGCAGGGUUGAAAGUGAGGUUGCAUCCACCCAUCAUAUCUGCCGUUCAAGUUGGGAAACUGUUACAUGAUGGUUGCCAGGGGUUCUUAGCUUGUGUGGUAGAAGCACCAAAAGAGGAAUUGAAGUUAGAGCAGAUACCUGUUGUGAGUGACUAUCAAGAGAUUUUCCUAGAAGAUUUAUCUGGACUACCGCCAGAGCGAGAGGUAGAGUUUGCUAUUGAAUUAGUCCCAAGCACGGCACCCAUUUUGAAAGCACCUUACCGGAUGGCACCGUCUAAAUUAGUGGAACUCAAGGAGCAGUUGCAAGAUUUGUUGGACAAGGAUUUCAUCAGGCCCAGUGUAUCACCUUGA